ACGAACUUCAGCAGCCCAACAGCGAGCAGGACGGCGAGCCUGAGGAGGAGGAGGAGGGUCACUCCGCUCCGAGCACGCCCACACACGAGAGCAACUCACGCCCACAAUACAAACCCGCCCACAACUAUUACAAUAACCAGCACUACCGACGCGGCGGUCACCACGCCGGCUAUUACGACAGAUCCUACGAUAGGAGGUUCGACAAAAACUACGACAGAAGAGGAAGCUACGAGAAGUACAAGAAUGAGAACCUCAGGAACUUCGAGAACCGGGGGCCCUAUGAGAAGCCCUACGGCAAGUUCUACGACCGGAACUUCUACUACGACAAUAACAAGUACUAUGGACGACCCCCGUUCUACGAGCGUGGCUUCAAGUUCGGCGGAGGCUUCGUAGAGCGAGGCCGACGACCUUUCCGACCUUACGGCCGCCCGGGCUUCUUCCAGCGAGGCUUCCACGGCCCCUUCCAGGAUGGCGGCCAUCCGAAGGGCGCCGGCGGAGGCCAGGAGGACGAGGAGUGGGAAGAGACCUCGACGGAAGAGCAGCAGCAGACCGGGUCGGCGGGCGAGGGGGACGGGCGCCCUUCUCAGCCUGUGCACACCGUCAUGAUCAACAAUGAGGAAGAACCACUCUCGUCUCCCCCGACAGAAGAAUACACCAAGAUCCAGACGCCCCGUCAGGAGGUGAUCUUCAAGAAGAGUUCCCUGGACCGCAAGAGGGACUCCAUCGACCAAGGCUCCGUCACGGGAUCCAUGACCUCCGGGAGUGGCUGCAGCUCCACCAGCGGCGCCGACCAGGGAUCCAGGGGCGGCGCCCCCCCGCCCGACCAGGUGGACCAGUCCUCCGUCACGGGAUCCACCGACGACAACUCGCUGGCCGGCGAGGAGGCUGCUGACGCCAUGCCAGCUGACCAGGUAUUCGAAGACCCCACGGAGAUGUUCGUCAGCGAGCCGGGACAGCCUCCCCUGGCGGGCGUGGUGAUGCAGCAGGCCUACCCCGGCGGCCCCAUGAUCACCAUCCCUGUGCACUGGACCCCCUUCAUCGACCCCGUCCUCAUCCCGGGUGAGACGGCCCUCACCCCUCUAGACCCCGCCUUCACGCACGUCAUAGACCCCAAGGCCCUGCCCAUCGACCCCGUGCAUAUCCUGCCCGUCCAGCACGAUGAGGCAGGUUGUCCCGUCCAGGUCCAGGUGAAGGUGGACGCAAACGGAGUCCCAAUCCAGAUUGAGCCUAGCGCCUUCACCGUGUCGCUGAGCUCCCUCCAGCAGCAGCAGCAGAACCUCCCCCCACAGCCGCAGCAGGAAGAGCAGCCCCAAUCUGCCGGGGCGCAGGAGGACGGGGCGAGCAAGACACCCCUCUGCGACGAGCAGCCCCGCCCGGAGGACGGAGCAGCGUCGCCCGCGGACCAAACGCCUACCUCAAGCACCGCCACUGCCCACCACUCUGUCCAGUCUUCCUCGCCCGCUUCCACCGACGACCAGGGGGCCCCGCAGGACGCAACGGGGGCGUCUAGUCUCGAGAAGGAGGAGGAGGAAGAAGAAGAAGAGGAGGAGGAGGAGGAAGAAGAAGAAGAUGAUGAUGAUGAUGAAAGAAGAGGAAGAGGAGGAGGAGGAAAAAGAGGAGGAGAAAGAGGAAGGAGGAAGCGUCAAAGACAUUAACGAAAAAGCAGAAAAAUGCAUAGAA